UGACGUCACCCUCACCAUGCGUGGAGCUGGGAGGCAAGGCUACCGCAGACGAGUCAAAAUGCCCGACUUCACGAUCACUUCUUAAGCUGGUGUCCUGACUCAAACCCACUCCGGGAAGGCCUGGGGGUCGUAAGUUGGUGGCCGUAAAAUGCCUUUUGUUUAGGCAGUGCAGCCUAGAGACGCUGACAGAGGACCAGAGGAGUAGUGGCAGCUGCUUUCCGAGGAGCCGGUGUUGCCAAGAUUGCCAAAAUGCUUUGGAGUUUUUAACUGACUUAAGAAAAGUCCAAAAGAGAUUUGAGACUGUAAAAACUGACGCUGCAGCAAGGGGAAUUCAGUGCCAAUGCAUCAACAAAAAAGACAGCCAGAGUUGGUGGAAGGAAAUCUUCCUAUUUUUGUGUUUCCCACGGAGCUAAUAUUUUAUGCAGAUGACCAGUCAACACAUAAGCGAGUGUUGACUCUGUAUAACCCCUAUGAGUUUGCCUUAAAGUUCAAAGUUUUGUGUACUACUCCAAAUAAGUAUGUUGUCACUGAUGCUGCAGGCGCAGUAAAACCUCAGUGUUGUGUAGAUAUUGUGAUUCGUCAUAGAGAUGUUCAAUCCUGUCACUAUGGUGUAAAAGACAAGUUCCGCCUCCAAAUUUCCGAGCAGAGCCAGGGGAAAACUUUAGGAAGGAAAGAGGUUGUGGCUAUUCUUCACCCAUCUGCAAAAGAACAACAAAAGGAAGAAGAGGAAAAAAGGAUAAAGGAACACUUAACUGAAAGUUUUUUUGAGCAGUCCUUUCAACCAGAGAACAGAGCUGUCUCCUCAGGACCUAGCUUACUAACCAUCUUCCUGGGAGUGGUGUGCAUUGCAGCUUUGAUGCUUCCUUCGCUCGGGGCUGUGGAAUCGCUGGUACCUCUCUUUCUCUACUUAAGUGUGAAUCAAAAAUUAGUGGCUGCUUAUGUCUUAGGUCUUAUCACAAUGGCUAUACUUGGAACAUGAGCAAGAAAUUCAGUUGACUUCUGAAGUAAAUUUAUUUUGCAAAUAUGAACAAAAAAGAUUGUUGUCAUUAUUCAAGAUGGGCCUAUUCUUAAAUAUAUUAAGUUUAUGUAGAAACGGCUUAUUACUGAGCGUUCUCAAAACCUUUUCAUAUCCAUGGAUGU